AUGAGUUUCCUCGGAAUCACACCCGUCAUUUGUAACAACUCCUUCGAUUCAUCCAAGGAAACAUUUUACGAAGAGUUGGUUCAGAGCCCAAUCUAUGCCCUGAUCACCACCUUCAGCUGUCUGGCCUGUGUAUCAACAGUCGUCCUUUUCCUCGAGGCUUGUCACUUCACGAUUUCCAGGGUACCACGUUCAUCAGUUGCCAACCAUCGACUCAACACAGUCAUAAUACUGUCCAUAUUUCCGGUAUUUUCUGUGUGUUGUCUGCCUGCCAUUCUCAUUCCAGAGGCGUCUACAUUCUGCCUGGCCAUGGCGGACCUGUAUUAUUCCUUCACUAUGUUCAAGUUCAUCGUAUUGAUAGUGGAUUACUACGGGGGUCACCGUAAGAUGUUGGUGAAGCUUGCUGCAGAGAACAUCACCUUCCCGCUCAGUGUCCCCAUGCUGUGUUGCUUCAGAUGUUUCAAACCUGUCCGGCUUACCAGAAAGAGCUUCAUGUGGUUGAAAGUGGGAGUGCUGCAAAUAGCGAUUCUGAAGCCUCUGUUGACUUUUACUCAAGCUAUCAUGGGCUACGCUAAUCUGAGUCUCUUCAUUGUGGACAUCGUGACCGUAGUCACCACACUGACGGCGGUCACCGCAAUGAACAUGAUGGGUGCCAACUCCAGCAUGGGCGAACUGAAGGAGAAAUACUGCCUGGACGUCAAGUCGGCUAUGAUGAGCUCGGCCCUGAUGAUGGUCAGCCUACAGAAGUCUAUCAUCGGCAUCGGCACGCUGUUCAGACCGCUCGGCUGCAUCGUGCCCUUCUCGACACAACUCGUGGGCAAUCAGUGGCAGGCUGUAGUCCUACUGGUCGAAUCCACAAUAAUGACCAUCCCAACACUCAGAUACUAUCGGACAGCAGACUGUAACGUGGUGGGCGUUCCCCCGCCUCUAGAGGAAGACGAAGAAUUAGAGCCCAGGACGGGAGUUGGCAAGAUGAGGAAAUGGGUGCGCCGGCACACACUCAUGUAGUGAUAAUAAUAUACCGUUGUAAUCAAUUGCGAGUCACUGAAUCAAAUAUGUUUCAAGUUUGUACAUUAAAAAUAGGCCCAUAUAGGCCAUAUCACGCAAGGCUCUUUACGGGCUAUCAGUUCCAGGCAAUCUCAACGCAGGAAGAAAGGGCAUUCAUAUUUCAAUGUUCAACUAUUUUUCUUGUAGAUCGCAAGACAAUGUUAGAAAAAUUAGCAUGCAGGUGUUUGCCUUUAAGUUGCCGGUAAAACUUGCAUCGUGCGACAAGGCCAUACAGGUGAACGCAAUCAAACGGUUUUUAAGGACGCAAUUGAACGGAAUUUUUAAAAGCUCAGUUACUCACAACUAUACAACUUCAUCAAACGAAUCAAUGUACAUCUACAAUUUUAGACAUUUCGUCAUAGUAGCGUCUUUUAGUGUAAACUGUGUGGGUUGUUAACUUUUCAUAAUUAACGAGUUUGUACCUUUGCCAGUUGUCACCAUGUACAUGUAAGCUUUAUAUUUACAUGAUAUGUACCUUAUCUCUUGAUUUUCUUUUAUAAAAGGCAGG